GUUAAAUUUGUGUGAGUGUAACAUACAGCAGCUGCCAGCUGAAUGGAAUGAUCUUCAUGAUCUAGAAGAGCUGGAUUUGUCAUUGAACAAAAAUCUUCAGACAUUCUCAUGUACAGGUCUUACCAAGUUGAAAAAGUUAGAUUUGAGUGAGUGUAACAUAGAGCAGCUGCCAGCUGAAUUAAAUGAUCUUCAUGAUCUAGAGGAGCUGGAUUUGUCAGAAAUCAAACUAGAAGUAUUUCCCACAUUUUCAUGUUUGCAGUGGAAGCAUUUACGAACGUUGAAUUUAUCUGGUAACAAGAGAUUGUUGUGCCUUCCCAACAAUAUAUGGAAUGGACUGAACUUGUGGAGAUUGGAUCUAAGCAAUUGUGGUAUAGAAAGUGUACCAAAUACAGAAGUCACAAUUGAGAAAGUCGACAUAUCAGGAACUUCAGUCACUCAUCUUCCUAAGGAAUUUGUCUUUAGCUCCAAACUUAAGAUAUUGAGCGUUGAUGGAUGCCCAUUAGUGUUCCCACCCAUUGAAGUGUGCAACCAAGGUAUUGAUUUUAUAAGAGAAUAUUUCCGUGAGCUGGAUAAGGUGAGUGGAGUGCGACGUGGCAGAAUAAAGAUUCUAGUGAUGGGAACUACAAUGGCAGGAAAAACAAGCUUCAUUGAAGCACUGGAGAGUGGUAAACCAUUUCUGGCAGAACCCGAUAAGAGAACUAUAGGGGUAGUAGAAAAAGUGAUGAAGCUGGAUGAUAAAGUAGAAUGCAAACUCCUUGACUGUGGUGGCCAUAGAGCGUACAUGCUAACUAACCAGCUGUUCAUCAGUGACAAUUCAUUGGUAUUGAUUGUUGUUGACAGCAAUCAGUAUAAGUUCACUCAACAAUGUUUUCGACAAAAUAUUGCAGAUUUCCUGCAAGUUGUGUAUGACAGAAACAGCAGAGCUCACAUUGCUAUUGUUGUGAGUAAAGUUGAUCUGAUGGUCGACAUGUCAAGAGAAGAAAUGAGUAGAAAGUGGAACGAACAUCUGCACACUUGUCUACGUCAAUUCUUGAAGAUCAGACAAGCUGAGAUUGAUCGAAUGAAACGGAUCAUUGCAACUGGUGAUUCUCCAAAGAACAAAUACGUAUCAGAACGUCUUCACUUUUUCGACUUUCAGCGAAUAACUGUUGAAGAAAAUGUGCUAUUGACGAGUGCAGCUACACACGAGGGUGUGGUCAGUGUGAAGGUUCAUUUAAGACAACUGUGUGGUAAUGAAAGGCUGAUACCUUCACUGCACACAGAGCUGCCAUCAUCAUGGGUGACUGUAGAAGACGAGUUGAUUACACCACAACCUCACACGUCUGUCCCCAUUACAGAUGUCUCUUAUGCAAUGCAACUGUGUGUAGAGCACGGACUGACAAAAGAAAGCUGUCGUGAAUUGCUAAACUACCUGAACCAGGUAGGAAGCAUUCUGUAUUACUCUCAUCACCCGACUUUAGCAGAAGUUCUCUUUCCUGUACCACCAUUUGUGGUCAUUUUACUUAAGGCUGUUUUCAGACAUGAUCACGAAUCUUUAGAAUAUGAUUAUCGGUUUAUUGGGGUAGAUGUAGGUCCUCAGAAGUUUAAGGAGAUGAAAAGUGAUCUUGUUUUUAAUGGCAUUGCUAGGAUAUCUAUGCUGCUGGCACUGUGGAGUGAGUUCCAUCUUACUGCAGAUCGUCAUGUUGACGUGUUUAUUAAGCUUUUUCUUGCUCUCGACUUUGGUUAUCUAACUGGCUCAUCAGACGAUGUAGUUCAGGAACUGGCACAAGCUUCGGGAAGACAUCAGAUCACUUUAGCUCUGCCAAGUAGCACCAACCCGACAUCAGAUUCAUCUGGUCACACAAUAGAACAAAAUCGUCAUCAAGAGCAAACAGACAGUUGCAAAGAAAUGAUUUCUAAGCUAAAACAACAUAAUGUUGGCUUGUUGUUGCCAUGGUUACUCAAUGAUGAGAAACCAGAGGAUGUUAGUGACCUUUGGCCUCUAGAUAUACCACAUGGAAUCAUACAAGUUGCAGUGGAAUACUCAUUUGCAUAUGAACGUCCAUUGGGUUUGUUUGAACGACUGUCUGCUCGUUGCCAUCGUCACUCCAAUUUUAUUCGUCACUGGAGCAGUGGACUGCUCAUGUGUUAUGGUGCAGUGACUUUGCAUUUCAAUUGCAGCAAGAAUACUUCACGUGGCUCUAUAUGUCUCAGUGGUAGAGUAGUCAAGUCACAUCACAGUGUUGGCAGAUUGUGGCAUGUUCUUCUUCGUUGUGUGUCAGACAUGGAGGAUCUUCUCCAGUCUGUUCCUGGUGUUCUCCCUGAUAGAUUCAUCUACAGUGGAAGUUCUUCUACAAGUACAAAGUCUCCCCUCAAUCGAUGUAUCUAUUUGAUACCAGAUGAAACAUGGGGACCGUUUGCAGUAGACGCUGUAGCUGGAAGAUGCAGUGCAGAGAUGGUAAAACAUGAGCAAGCAAUAAAAGAAGUGUGUCCAAGUGUAAAGAAAGGCAUUCCUCUUUCUCAAGUUUUGUCCUCUAAACAUGCAACUCCAGUAAAUCAAACGGAUCUCCACAAGAUAGCAACAGAUGUUGGAGAGUUCUGGCCUAACCUAACAAGUAUCAUAUUUGGUUCUGACCAGUCUACGUUAUCAAAGCUACAGCAAACCAUUUCCGACUCCAGUUUUGUCCAGCCACCCGCAUUCCGCAUAUUAAGUGAGUGGUUAGAGUUAAGAGACAACCAACUGAUGGUAUGUGAAUUGUAUGAUGCUCUACUUGUUGCUCGCAUUCCAUCUGAACCUCAAAAGCAUUUGAGGUACUUGAUGUUACCUGAUGCAGCACUCAUCAAAGAAAUAGUAGCUGAAAAUGUUGGACAUCGUUGGUAUCAACUAGGUAUAUACCUUGCUGUUUCAGAAGGAGUCUUAAGGGAGUGUGAACGACAACUUUACACAUACAAAGAGAAAUUACAUAAAGUUUUGUCAGCCUGGACAGAUCAAAACCAACAUGCUACAGUUCAGCAGUUGUUGGUAGCUUGUGAUAAAGCUGGAGUGGGAGGAAUAGUCAGGAGAGAGAUUAAGUCUAAGCUUGGCAAACUGAUUGGAACUUGAAUCAUACAGAGUGAUAAUCGUAUCCAUAACAAUUGUUGUUUGCUCUGAAAUAAAGAAGUAAUUAUCUAUAUGUGGACGGGAAAAGGGAAAUAAGAGAAACAAGACAACACACUUUGCUUGCUGCGAACCAACAGCCUUAUUGUUGUGUGCAGCUACAAUAUAUGUAGAAGAUUAUCAUCCAGAAGAAAAUAUCAUCAGAAAGAUGACACAACUGAUUGAAAUUACACGCAAAGCAAUGAUGUAACUGCCCGAGAACAAGGUUCACUUCAACUUGAUCAUCUCUGAUAUUUCAUCAUUGACUGGAUGUGGCAGGAUGUCAAGCAGCCACCAAUACGUUCAUUUAUGUCGACUUGUACAGCAUGAUAUCACACCACGAGCGAAGGACAGACACACAAACCUCAGCCUCUUCUUACAAGAUGAACACUCAUUAUAAUGGAAGUUAUUGUACAAAUAGUGUAUAUAGAAGAUACAGUAAAGACAAAAGUUUAGUUGUUUUGUAUUGAACUGCUGAUAUCUAUUGGAAAUUGAAUCUCAGCUUCACCAGAUAACGCAUCUUGAUCUACA